AACGUUUUUAAAGGAUUCCGACCUUCGAGACAGGCCACGGGAUCUCUCAUCUCCGAGUUACUCCAACGACAAGGCCAUCAAGAACCAUGAGAAAUCAUGGUGGAAGGACUUGAUCUUUGGCCACUGAGCCUUGCAGUCGUUAUCGUCGGCGCGCUUUGGGUAUAUGGAGUCAACAGGACCAUGCGAACGGUGCCACCCACAGCUCUGAAACUGUCACCCAAUUCCAAUCGCUGGAGCAAGGAGUAUAUACGGGAGACAUAUGAACGGGUCAAAAAGAACCCCGUCGAUAUCAAGAAACAUCUCCCACCCAAGAUGGACAGACGGUACAUCGUAGUGGGCGGUUCCGGUCUUGUAGGAGGCGACAUUGUCUCCCACUUGCUCGCUCGUGGACAGUCCGCGGAGAGUGUCCGGAUCGUUGACUUUGCUCCUCUUCGUCGUCCCCAAAUUCUUAGUGUGGCCAGCAAGGUUGAGGUCAUCAAGACUGACAUCACCUCCCCCGACUCUGUGAAAGCGGCCUUCUCCAAGCCAUGGCCUGCGUCUGUUGCAAGUCUUCCCCUGACCGUGUACCACACUGCCGCCGUGAUUCGUCCUGGCGAACGGAGCAUCAAGACCUAUGACCGUGUCGCUCGCGUAAACGUCGGUGGUACCUCCAACGUCCUGGCUGCUGCCAAGGAGGCCGGUGCUGACAUUUUCAUUGCCACGUCCUCGUCCUCCGUUGCCCUCGAGCCUAUGAAGUUCUGGAAAUGGCCUCUUCCCAGCUUGGCAAGUAACUAUGUUCAAGUGUUCAAUGAGGAUGACUUCGAUCAGCCGUUGAAGGCUCACGAUGACUUCUUUGGCAACUACGCUCGCGCCAAAGCCGAAGCUGAACGUCUGGUCUGCGCCGCCAACCAAGAAGGUUUCCGUACCGGCGUUGUCCGUCCCGGCAAUGGCAUCUUUGGAGAUGUAGAGAACGACGUAACCUUUAGUCCUGCUCUCAAAGCCGGUAGCAUUGUCUCCUGGACGCCGCACGUCAUCCAAAAUUGGAUCUCCUCCCGUAACGUCUCCAUCGCCCAUCUCCUCUUCGAAGCCGCACUCAACCCCUCCGUCCGCCCCGUCCCUCCCGCCUGCGCCGGCCGUCCCCUCCUCGUCACCGACCCCGGCCCGCCUAUUGCCUUCCAAGACUUCUACACCUUGAGUAGCUUGCUCUCCAUCACCCCCAUCACCGAGACCUACCCGCCUCCCGUGCUCAUGCUGAUCUUGGCCCACGCCAUCGAGGGCUGGGCUAACUUGAUCAUCAACUUCCCUGUCCUGACCAAGCUGUUUGGGUGGAAGGAGCCCACGGGGGAUUUGGCUAUGUUACAGCCGGCGGUGUUUACUGUGUCGGCGUACACCAUUUGCGAUGAUUCUAGGGCGAGGAAGAGUGUGGAGGAGGGAGGAAUUGGGUAUAAGGGCGUUACGGAUACGUUAUAUGGGUUUUGUGAGCAGAUGGCUGUGUGGAAUGGAAGGGUUGAGAGAGGGGAGGCCGGGCUGCUAAAGGGUAUGAAGAUCGCUAAACCUGUUGUUGUAUGAACGGCUUUUGGCUGCCGCUGGGGAGGUGUAAACGAGAAAGAGAACUGAUGAAUCAGUGAGAAGGAAGGGAUAUAGGCGAGAGAUUG